AUGGAUUAAUUUGUAUUUUUCGAUGCAUUUACAUUAAGCACAAUUCCAGUAACAGGAGAUAAAUUAUUAAAUACCGAUAAUCCUUUGGAUAUUAUUUAGUAUAUAAAUAAUGUAUAUAUCCAAAACUAUUUUUAUAGAGUAACUUAUGAUUCACAAUCUGCAAGUGUGAAUGUUAAAUUAGUUACUUCUUUUCUGACUUCCAAUCAUUACUAGCUGCCUAACAUUUAAUAACAUUAUUACAACUUUUAGCAAGGAAAUUUAAUAUUUUUAAAGAGAGACACUAAUUUCUAUCUUUUAGAUAUAAAUACUCUUUAUUGUCCAUCUUAGUGUCCUUAUUGCUCUGCUUAAGAUCCAAGAUAAUGCUGCCCUUCUAAUUGUGUAAAAUGCUCAGAAAAAUAAAUAUGUUAAACUUGUAUUUCAGGCUACUUCCUUUAACUUGAUAAUAAAUGUGUAAAUACUUGUCCUGAUUUCGCUUAAGUUGACAAUAAUAAUUAGCAAUGUAUUUGUGAUCCAAAUGCUACUUUUACUUAAAGCAAGUGUAUAUGUAAAAAUAAAUAUUACAUGAAUGCAAAUAAGUGUAUUUAAUGUUAAUCUAAUUGCGAUACUUGUGAAAGUUCUACUAAUUGCUUGCUAUGUUCAUCUGGCUAUUAUUUAUUUCCAGAUGGGUCAUGUAGUUAGUGUGAUAUAUAAAAUGGAUAUUAUAAAUAUUCUUUAAACGGAGAUAAGUGUGGUAAGUGCUCAUCUAAUUGUUAAGUUUGUUAAGACUCAACUAAAUGCUAACAGUGCUCAAGCGGUUUUUACUUAUUUUCGGAUGGGUCAUGCAAUUAAUGCGAUAUAUAAAAUGGAUUUUACAAAUAUUCUUUAAAUGUAGAUAAGUGUGGUAAAUGCUCAUCUAAUUGUUAAGUUUGUUAAGAUUCAACUAAAUGCUAACAGUGUUCAAAAGAUUUUUAUUUAUUUUUGGAUGGAUCAUGCAAUACAUGUGAUAUAAAAAAUGGGUUUUAUAAAUAUUCUUUAAAUGGAGAUAAGUGUGGUAAUUGUCCAUCUUAUUGCUCAAUUUGUAUAGACUCUACUAAGUGCUUAUAAUGCUCAAGUGGUUUUUAUUUAUUUCCAGAUGGAUUAUGCAAUACCUGCGAAAUAUGGAAUGGUUUUUAUAAAAAUUAAUUGAAUGGUGAUAAAUGUGAUUAAUGCUAAUAAAAUUGUAAAUUAUGCCAAAACUCUAACAGUUGUUAGUAAUGCUAAGUAGGUUAUUAUUUAUUUGCUGAUGGUUCAUGCAAUUUAUGUGAUAAAUAAAACGGAUUUUACAAAUAUUAUUAAGAUGGAAAUAGAUGUGGUUCAUGCUAAUCUAAUUGCUAAAUUUGUCAAAACUCUUCUAAAUGUUUAAAGUGUUUGAAAGAUUAUUACUUAUAUCCAGAUGGAUCAUGCGAUUAGUGUAACACUUAAAAUGGGUUUUAUAGAUAUGAAUUGAAUGGAAAUAGAUGUGUUAAAUGCAAAUCUAAUUGUUAAGUUUGCUAAGAUUCUAAUAUUUGUUAGCUAUGCUUACCAGGUUAUUUCUUAUUUUCAGAUGGAUCAUGUAAUUUAUGUGGAGUUUAAAAUGGAUUUUACAUCGAUAAAAUUAAUGGAAAAAAAUGUGGGAAAUGCUAAUCAAAUUGUUAAAUUUGUUAAGAUGCUACUAUCUGUUAGAAGUGCUAAAAUGGUUAUUAUUUAUUUCCAGACGGUUCAUGUGGUUUAUGUGAAAAUAUAAAUGGAUUAUAUAACUAUUAAUUAGAUGGGAAUAGAUGCGGCUAGUGCUCAUCUAAUUGUUAUGUUUGUGAAAAUUCUUCUAAAUGUUAACAGUGUUCACCUGGUUAUAAGCUAUUUUCAGAUGAAUAAUGUAAUUUAUGCUAAAUAAAUGGAUUUAACUCAAGUUAAGAGUGUAACUCAUGUCUAAUCACAUGUUAAGCAGAUGAAGGAAAUAGUAAAGACUAAAUUACUGUUUGCUUAGAAGGAUUUAUUUUAAUUAACUCUAAAUGUGAAUAGAUUUAUUUAGAAUAUAAAGAUCCUAUUUUGAGCCAAGAUUAAAUUAAUUAGAUAAAUUAAUCUUCAAAAACUAGCUCUGAAAUAUCUAGUUAUAGCUCAUAUACUUAAACAUUAGUUUCUGGAGUUUUAAAUACAUAAAGUUUUUCUAUUGUAACUCAAGGAAUUUCUAUUUAAAAACUUAGCUUUCUUAUAUUAGUCGAUAUUAACUUACCUGCUUUAGUUUUCAUCCCAUCAAAGGAUUUAAAAAGUUAGUUACCAUCUUAAAAGUUUUCAUUUUUAAAUCUAUUUAAAAGUUAUUUAAAUUAAGAAUAGAUUUAAUUUUAUGAUUCUAAAUUCUAUUCAGCUGAUUUACCAGAUGAAAUUGUAUAUAAUAGUGGCUCAGGAAGAAAAAAUUCAGAAUGA